CUGACAAUGAGACACCAUAAAGGCAUCAACAAGCCUCACCGUCUGCAUUGCAGUGCUCACCAUUCUACAGCCGAUUUCACCCUUCACUGAGACUUACAAACAGACGAGCCGGAAAACAGCGGAGUCAUGCUGCUCCUAACUCUGCUUUUCGUGACCUCAGCUGUUGCGACCCCUCUGCUGGGCACUGAGCAGUGUGCUCGUGGACCCCCCUACUGGUGUCAGAAUGUAAAGACGGCGUCUCUGUGUGGAGCUGUGACUCACUGCCAGCAGAAUGUCUGGAACAAACCCCAGAUGAAAUCAGUGCCAUGUGACCUGUGUAAAGAGGUGUUGACUGUGGUGGAGCAGCUAUUGAAGGACAAUGACACUGAGGCUGAGGUUCUUGGCUAUCUGGAGAAGGCCUGCCAGCUCAUCCCCGAUCAAGGUCUGACCGCAGAGUGCAAGGAGAUCGUGGAUAACUACUAUCCCAUCUUGAUGGGAAUCAUUAAAGGAGAACUGGAGGAUCCCGGUGUGGUGUGUGCAGCCAUGGGGCUGUGUCAGUCUCAGCAAGUAGCCCUGGCUAAGGUUCAGGCCCAGGAGCAGCUUGUGUCCAAUGAAAUCCCCCAGGUAGACCUCGCCCAGAAAGUGUCUCCCUUCCUCCUCAAUGUGCCCCAACUCCUCUAUCCUCAGGCUAGCUCCAAGCAGGAGGCCUCAAAACAAGAGAAGCAGACAAAUGAAGAUGUGUGCCAGGACUGCAUCAAGUUCCUGACUGAUGCUCAGGCGGAAGCCAAGAAAAACACCUCAUUUAUUGACUCUCUCAUUGAGAAUAUUGAGAACCAGUGUGACCUGUUGGGACCAGGCUUGUCUGAAAUGUGCAAGCAGUAUGUUGGCCAGUACGGUGAACUGGUUGUGCAGCAGCUCAUGUCCAUGCAACCCAAGGACAUCUGUGUUCACGCUGGCUUCUGUACUGAAAUGAAGAAGUCCAUUCCCAUGCUGAAGCUGCAGGCUGCCAUGACUGUACCUGCUGCCAAGGCUAUCCCCGCUGCCAAGGCUGUACCUGCUCUCAAACUUUUCCCUGCCACCAAGGUCGAGUCUGUCGCUGCUAAGUCUUCUAAGCCCAUGGUGCGUGUCCGUGAUUCCCCAAAGUGUGCCAUUUGUGAGUUUGUGAUGAAACAGUUGGAGGCUAUGUUGGAGGAUCAGAAAACAGAGGAGGAGGUGGUUCAAGCUGUGGAGAAGGUGUGCACAUAUCUGCCCUCUUCUCUGAGUGCCCAGUGUAAGGACCUGGUUGAGACUUACGGCCAGGCCAUUAUUGAGCUGCUGGUGCAGCAGGCUGACCCCAAGACUGUCUGCACAGUGUUGGCACUCUGCAAUGAUGCCAGCCGCGCCUUUGUCCCUGCGCUCGACCAGGCUCGCUUUAAGGCUGGCGACUUCUGCAAGGUGUGCGAGAUGGCAGUCAGUUACAUCGAUGGUAUUCUGGAGAAUAACGCAACGGAGGAAGAGAUUGAGGAGGCUGUGAGGAAAGUAUGCAGCUUCCUGCCUGACUCCUUCCAGAGCGAGUGUGACCAGUUGAUUCAACAAUAUGAACCAAUGCUUAUCGAGCUGCUUCUCCAGAUGCUCGACCCAGACUUCGUGUGUAUGAAAUUGGGAGCCUGUCCCGAAGCUGUGCGCAGGCUGCUCGGAACAGAGCAGUGCAUCUGGGGACCUACAUACUGGUGUAAGAACAUGCUGACAGCAACCCAGUGCGAUGCUGUGGCUCACUGCAGACGCCACGUGUGGGUAUAGAGGAAGAGGAAGCGCCAACUGAUCUGUAGGGAAUUCAAACAAAUACUGUAGUGCUGCUUCCAACUUUUAAUUUUUGUCCCAUUUUCCUUUUUUAAUGGACUCAAAUGACUUAAAUGCAGUUUGUGUAAAUUAACAUUGAUAUUUUGAAUGAUGUCAUGGUGGAAAGGGACUGGACUUAUUUUUUUCUGGGGGGUGGGGCAGGGGAGGAGUAAUGAGGUGUAUAGCGGCCUACAGCUCAGUCUGUUAGCGCUUCACAGAGCAGAAGUCACGAAGCGUCACUGUUGGGCUUUACUUAGCUUUGUUGCUAGUUGGGUGUGGUGUAUGUAAGAACAAAAACUAAAAGUUUCACAUGUUGUACAGUGUUGACACAGCAUCAGACAGCUGCUGUUGAGUCUUCACCCCCCACCCCCAAACGGGAGAGACCGCUCAGUGUGUUACGAUUGGCUGCCAUUACUUUUAGCAGUAUGUCUGAUCCUUAUAUUGCCUUUAUAUUUUGUAGAGAGAAAAUGUGUGUUCUUGUUUUAAGGAGCUGAUAUGGAGGUAAUUGGUUUCAGAGUGCACCUCCCACUCACCUCCCAUUGUUUGUGCUCUUCCUACUGUUUGUAAAUCACUGUUUCUAACGUACAAAGAGCAUCUUGAAUUCGAUUGUUGUCUGCCUCGAUCCCAGCGCCAACUGUCAGCUGGUCUGUAAAUUUUUAACAAUUAAAGUGAUCCCAAUCCA